UGAGUUUUUUGAUUUCAUUAUCAGAUUUUACUUUUUCUCCCGCAUCUGAUCUCUAUAAUUAUCUGAUUUUUUUCUCCCGAUUCAGAUCUUUCUCAAACAUCUCUUGUAACACUCUUAAUAAACUAGCCCCUUUCCUCUUUUUCCUCCUUUUAUAAUCAUGGUAGCCUCAAACAUCACCGAGAUUAAGAAUAUUGUGUUUAUUGGUGCUUCUAGUGCAGCCAUGGGUCCUAGUCUUUCCUGGCUAGAAGACCAUGUUGAGGGUUAUAGGCUUGUUUUAAUUGAAGAAAAAACACAUUACAACCACGUCUUUGCUUUCCCUCGCGCAUCAGUUCUUUCUGGAUUCGAGGAUGAGCUGUUUAUUCCCUAUGAUAACCUGUUUAAUGGAGAUGAUACUAUUGGCAGAGUUAUUAACGCUAGAGCUACUGCUAUUCACAAAGACUAUAUCGAGCUUGACCGUGAAGUUCCGGGUUUCGGUAAAAAGGUGGAGUAUGAUUACUUAGUCUAUACGGCUGGUACAAAAAUCCCCGCACCUGGCCGCUUUAAUGAUAUCGUCACAAAAGAAGCCGGUAUUGAUGCCUUGAAACGUUAUCAAAAGUUGAUUCAAGAAAGUGAAAAGCCUGUGAUUAUUGGCGCUGGCGCAGUAGGCUUAGAGCUGGCAGCUGAAAUUAAAGAGCACUAUCCAGAGAAGCAUGUUACCCUUGUACAUUCCCGUAAUCGAUAUUUACCAAGAUACAAAGUUAGCGUCGAUGUAAUGAUUUAUAACAUCUUGAAAAAAGCGGGUAUAAAGCAAGUACUUGGUGAUCGUGUGAUCUUGCCUCCUAAUGGGUUCCCGUUGGAAGUAAAACCUAUUGAGAUUCAAACAAAGGGAGGCAAUACUAUUCAUGGUGACUUGGCUAUUAUGUGCAUCGGUAUGACACCCAACAGUGAGCUUAUGAAGGCUCUGUCUCCAGACACAAUCAACAAGGACAAUGGGUUUAUCAAAGUAAAGCCUACAAUGCAAAUUCUAGACGAAAGAUAUCCAAAUAUAUUUGCAGCCGGAGAUGUCAUUGACCACACAGAUGUUAAAACAGGGCAUUAUGCUUGGAUGCAAGGUCUCGCUGCUCUGACAAAUAUCAGAAAGUUGAUCAAUGGUGCAUCUUAUGACACGUUGGAGCCUUACAAAAGUAAAGACCUUGCCUUAAUUAAGGUCAUCCUUGGAAAGAAAGAAGCAGUUAUGCAAACUCACGUUUUAGGGCCCUUGGUAGCAGUUGGAUCCUGGAUCGCUGGGAGAUCCAUCCCUCAUAACGUUUAUGCUACAACGCUAGCUGAAAUGCUGAAGGCUAAACCAUCCAAAGAUGCGUAAACUAUUUUUUGCAGAAAAUAUUGUCAAAUAAAACCAACAUUUUAU